AUGAAACGGAAAGGACAUAAUCCUAAUCCUAGAGAUAUGAAUACUAUCGUACCAAUUCACAACGCUGUCAAUGAGAGAGCCUGGAUGGAGAUAAAGAAGUGGGAAGACGGUAAAAGCGAUUGCGAAAUAUAUCUACACAGUUUUAAAGGUAGACCGCAAGAUAGGUCGCCCAAAGCAUGGAUAAAAACUGCAUUAGGUUACACACCACCUUUCGAUAGACACGAUUGGAUUAUCGACAGAUGCGGUCAACGCGUCCGUUAUGUUAUAGAUUUUUACUCAGGUUCUAACAAAAUGGGUUUAAACACCCCUUCAUUCUAUCUCGAUGUUAGACCUGCAUUAGACGAUUUCGAUAGUCUAACACAACGUUUGUGGAAGCUAAUUAACUAA